UCCAGUCCAUGUUCAGUCACGACGGCCUCGGCCCUCGGUGCCGCUGCCUUCUCGCCCUCAGGGUCAGAUGGAUACGCCUCCCUUCGCGCGCUUCCCCGCCGUUCCACCCGCCCGCCAUCGCGCCACUCAUGCCGCGAGCGCGCACGGUGAGCCCACCUACCGCGGCGUACGGAAGAGCGCGCGCCACACCAAGCCCCACCCCCGGUGCCGCCGCGCGGCCGUUCGGUGCGCCUGCGCCCUUGAUGUGUUCGGGGAAAUGCCACGCCGGAGAACCUGCGCCGGGUCUAUGCAGGAUCCACGCGCGGGUGCCCUUGCCGCAGGCAUCAACGUCGGCACUCUCGGCAGUCUCCACCCGAGCAUCUUCUCAAAUGAUUGACCGGCUCAUCGCGUCCACGGGGCUCCCCUGGCCCUGGCCCUGACGACCCAUGCCCAUUUCAGCUCCGAGCUGGUCGACCCACAGGUAAGGUAAAAAAUGCCGCUGGUGAUUUGGCAUCACAUGUUGCCUCCCUGGCCAAAUUCAACAACUGAAUGUGUUGUCUGGUUAUGGUUUCCUACUACGUUGGGAAUUUGGAAAAAUAUCCUACACAGCAUAGCACUUUGUAAAUUCCUUGGAAUAGACGCCUCUGCUUUGUCUUAGAUUGGAGGAAUCUUUGUUUCCCCCCUCCGACUGCUGUGGGAGAUUUUACAUAGUUUCGGCAGUGCCAAAAUAUGUCGAUAGAUACAAGGUUGUACAUACGUAUCAGAAAUAAUCAAGCAUCUCAACGAGGAUCUAGUUUAAGCCUGGCGAUAUAAAUGAUGCUUUGUCCUGUACUGCCUGUACCAUUUAUUCAAUAAAAUAUGCGUCGUACAAUGUCUUAGGCGUGGUUUGGUCCAAUACAUAUUCAAGCCUGCUAGGUCCAAUGCAUAUUCCUGCUUUUGCUCUUGCUGUUGUUGUGAUGCCUUAGGUGUGCCGCGAGAGAUGUCAGGGUUGCUUGGCACGGUUGUUGACGCAGCAAUAGGAUGGCUGGUGGAAAGCAUCCUUGGGAGCUUCUUCACUGGACAGAUGGAAGCAUGGACUCAUGAAAUCGGGCUUGCUGAAGAUGUGGAGAAGCUCAAAUUUGAGAUGAGGUACGUGGAGAUGGUUCUUGCUGCUGCCAGGGGAAGGAGGAUUGACAACAUGCCUCUGGCCCAGUCACUGGCUGAUCUCAAAGAACUGCUUUAUGACUCAGAGGACGUGAUGGAUGAGCUCGACUAUUACCGACUCCAGCAACAGAUCGAAAAAGGGAAAGGUUGUAGUGCUCCUACUGGCACUAAGCCUGAGGAAAGCUAUGUGUCCUCAUCCCCUCUAUCUUCUGUUGUUAAAUUAGUACGCAGCACCACAAGCCAAAUAACUGAUUGGAUCUCACGCGGCAGAAAAAGGAAACGUGAAGAGGAGGGGCCAGCUCAUUGUAACAUGCUGCCUUUUGAGAUGAAAGAUAGCAUUUCUAAGAGGAUCAAUGUAAUAGUGAAUCUUAUACGCAGUAAUGGCAAUUCUGUGCAGGGGGCUCUUCAGCUUGAGAUCUUGCGCCCCAUUGCAACAUCAAGUAAGUGUCAGAAUAUUUCAAGGAAUACUUGCAUGACAACUUCUCUUUCAACUGAAUGUCAGAUGUACGGAAGGGAUGCAGAAAGGGACGAGAUAAUAGCUCAGUUGAUAAAGGGGGGAUCUAGUGAUCUGAAUGUUUUUCCAGUGGUUGGCAUUGGUGGUAUUGGGAAGACGACGCUUGCUAGAUAUGUAUACCAUGAUAAAAGAAUUAAAGAUCAUUUUGAUUUGCAAAUGUGGGUCUGUGUAUCCACUAACUUCGAUAUAGUGGGGCUAACAAUUCAGAUCCUAGAGCAUGUAUGUGAAGAUAGACCGUAUGAGAAAAAAAGCAGCUUGAAUAAAUUGCAGGAGAUCCUUUUGGAAAAUAUUAGAAACAAAAGAUUUCUGCUUGUAUUGGAUGAUAUGUGGGAAGACAAGGACAGGAGUGGAUGGAUUAAACUCUUGGCUCCAUUGAAAAGUAACCAAGCAAACGGUUGCAUGGUACUAGCAACAACUAGAACAAAAUCAGUGGCAAAAAUGAUAGGAACUAUGGGUGAAAUCACAUUGAGUGGUCUGGAUGAAAAGGAGUUUUGGCUGUUCUUCAAGGCAUGUGCAUUUCGCAAUGUCAACUGCAGGCACCAUCCUAGUUUACAAUUUAUUGGGAAACAAAUUGCUAAAGUGCUAAAAGGCUGCCCACUAGCUGCAGGAAGUGUUGGUGCACUUCUGAGCACAGAUGUUAGCUAUCAGCACUGGACGGCAGUUCGGGACAAAUGGAAAUCUCUUCAAGAAUAUGAUGAUGAUAUUUUACCCAUCUUGAAGCUCAGUUAUGAUCAUCUACCAGUUCACCUUCAGCGCUGUUUCUCAUAUUGCUCUUUGUUUCCAGAGGACUACCAAUUUAAUGGGAAAGAAUUGGUCCAUGCUUGGAUAUCACAAAAUUUUGUGCAGCGCAAAGAUCCUACCAUAAGAUUGGAGGAAACAGGGCACGCAUAUUUGGAAAGAUUAGUGGAUUUGGGCUUCUUCCAAAAGGAUGGCUCACACUAUAUUAUGCAUGACCUAAUGCACGUACUGGCUGGGACAGUUUCAGCAAAUGAGUGUGCUACUAUUGAUGGAUUGAAAUCUGAAUCAAUUCAAGCAACUGUUCGGCAUUUGUCUAUCAUAACUACUAAUUUUGAGGAAGAUGAACAUGGCAACAAUUCUAGUGAGAAGUUUGACAAAAUACUUCAGAAGGUUAGUUCUUGGCACAAAUUGAGGACCUUGAUGUUGUUUGGGCAAAGCAGCAUACAUUUAUUAGGGUCCUUGCGUACUUUUUGCAAGAGGGCUAAAUGUUUAAGGUUCCUAAGUGUGUCAGGUGUUGACAUCGGCUCUACAAACAGCUUGUUAAAUCUGUUCCAUCUUCGUUAUAUAAUGGCAUACGAAGUCAACAACCCUGCAUUUCGUCAAGCUUUGACAAGUUGUUAUCACCUUCAAGUACUGGAUGUGGGCAUUUCAGGCUAUCUUGAUGUACCUGCUGAUAUGAAUAAUCUUGUUAAUCUGCGCCAUCUUAUUGCUCAUGAGAAAGUGCACCAUGCAAUAGAUUGUGUCGGCAACAUGACCUCUCUCCAGGAGUUAAAAUUCAAGGUUCAAAAUGUUGGCAGUUUUCAGAUAGGACAACUUCAGUCCAUGAAUAAGCUUGUAUUACUUGGAAUUUCUCAACUUGAAAAUGCGAAGACUAAAGAAGAGGCAAGGGGGGCCAGGCUGAUAGACAAAGAGUAUCUAGAUAAAUUGUCGUUAUCAUGGGAGAAUAGUAGCAUGAAUCUUCAACCUGAGGCUGCGAAAGAUGUGCUUGAUGGUCUUCAACCACAUCAAAACCUCAAAAAUCUAGAAAUAACUGGAUAUGGUGGUGUUACCUCCCCAACCUGGCUUUCCAGUACUUUCUCAGUUACCUCACUGCAGAUACUUCAUCUAGAGAAUUGCAGGGAAUGGAAAAUUCUUCGAUCUAUUGAAAUGCCUUCCCUUAGGAAACUAACAUUGAUCAGGAUGUUGAAUAUAAUGGAAAUCUCAGUUCCUUCUUUGGAAGAGUUGAUCUUGAUUGAGAUGCCAAAAUUGGAAAAAUGUAUCGGUUCUUAUGGAAUGGAAUUGACCUCCCAUCUAAGGGUUUUGAUGAUCAAGAAUUGCCCUCAACUGAAUGAGUUCACUCUUUUCAAGAGUUACUCUUCUUUCGAAGCUGAGCAGAAGUCAUGGUUUCCGUCUCUCAGCAAACUCUCCAUCGGGCAGUGUCCUCAUAUAAUGAACAACUGGGAAAUCCUUCCACUAAGAGAAAUGGAGGCGCUAAAGGAGUUGGAGUUGAUGGACCUGCAUGUUGUCAGAGUGUCAGUUCCUUCUCUGGAGAAGUUGGUGUUGGCUAAAAUGCCAAGCCUGGAAUUUUGCAGCAGUCUAAUGACUUUUCCACCUCUGCAAUUUUUACCUUCCCAAGGAGAUCCAAAGGAGUGGACAUCUAACCUCCGUAGACUCACCAUCCACAAUUGCCCUCGUUUGAUUGUGCCGCAUCCUCUUCCGCCUUCUGCUCUAAUUUCUGAGUUGUCCAUCAGGGAGGUUUCUAAACUUCCAACAAUGAGGAUAAACUGGAGACGUUUCACUAUCGAAUCUAAUCAGUUGUGUGUUCUGGAUGAUAGCAUCUUGGCAUUUGAUAAUCUUAGGGGCAUAACAUCAUUGGAAAUAAAAAAUUGUCAAAAUCUGGUCUCUCUUUCAAGUGAAUUCAACCAGUUAUUCGCUUUAGAGCAUUUAAGUAUACACGACUGCCAUAUUUUUACCAAGUCAAACAUCAUGUCAGAGAUUGCCCAGGAAAACAGCACACCUGCAUGCAGCCUUGUCCUCCCAUCUCUCAAAUCUGUCAAUAUUAAAUCAUGUGGAGUAACAGGGAGGUGGCUAACACAAAUGGUUUCACAUUCGAAGUCCCUUGAGAACUUGCAAUUAAGGAACUGUCCACAGAUAAAGUUUCUAUCAAUCGGUCAACCUAGAGAAGCGGAAGGAACCAGCAGUUUGGCUUAUGCAGUGAUGACUUCAGCCCAAGAUGAACAGGAACUAAAACUGCCAUAUAAUCUCGUAUGUUCUCUCAAGAAAUUAUGGAUUAAGGAAAGCUGGGAUCUGGAGUUCUGUGGGGGUAAGAGAGACUUCGCAGGAUUCACCUCUCUUACGGAGCUAGUCCUUCAAGGUUGCCCCAAGCUGGUCUCAUCGUUGGUGGGUGAAACAAAAGAUGAUGGUGCCAUGGAAGUUGGAUUACUCCCACCAUCACUUGAAGACCUUAGUAUCACUUCUCUCCCAGAAAACUUGCAUUCCUUCACUCCUCAAGGCCUUCUCCACCUCAAAAAGUUAAGUCUACGUGAUGGCCCAUGUUUGAAGUCUGUCCAGCUGCAUUCCUGUACGGCCCUAAAGCAGCUGGAAAUCACGGGGCGUGUCGGGCUGGCUGUACUGGAGGGCUUCCAGUUUCUCAGCUCCCUUCGAAGCUUGGCGAUGGAGAUGAAUCCCGAGCUGUCUUGUGCAUGGGUUGUCGAACUGCAGGAGCAAGAACAGUGCAGCAACCAAAUUCAGCUGCUUCCUCCAUCACUUGAAGAACUUUAUAUCUGGAAUCUCACAGAUAGGGUCCAGUCCCAUCUUCUGUCCUGCCUUUCUGCCAUGACCAGUCUAGCAAUACAGAGAAGUCCAGAAUUGACGUCUCUACAGCUGGGAUGCUGCACGGCAGUGAAAGAGUUGGAAAUUGGAGACUGCGACUUGCUUGCGUCGAUCGAGGGCCUCCAGUUCUGUGUAAACCUGACAUCCUUGAAAGUAUUUAACUCCCCUGGCCUAGUUUCCUGGUUGAAGCUUGUGUCGCAGCAGCAAGGGGCCUCUGAGAUCUGGUCUGGACUGGAAACUCUUGAGAUUGAUGACGCAUCUGUCAUUUCCAUGCCCUUCUGCAAACAGCUCACAUCUCUAACACACCUAGAGUUCAGUUCUCGGGGUGGUAAACAGGGAGAGAGCUUGGUGAGUUUAACAGAGGAACAAGAGAGAGCAUUACAGCUUCUAACCUCCCUGCAAGAACUUCGAUUGUGCAUGUGCCCGAAUCUCUCAUUACUUCCUGCAAACUUACAUAGCUUGACCUCCCUUGAGACAUUAUCUAUCAUGCAUUGUACGUGCAUCAGAAGUCUGCCAGACAUGGGCCUCCCACCUUCACUCAGAUACCUUCAGUUAUCCAAUUGCAGUGAGGAGUUAGGUAUGCACUGCAGAAUUGUAGCAACGGAGAAGCUAAGGGUCAUGAUUGAUUGUCAGUGUGUGAGUUAAUCACCAUUGUUUACUUCCGAGGUACACCUUCGGAGCAUUUUGCCUACAGAAUUUGUUUACAUGCUCACCCUCUUCUUGCUAAAGGUUAUUCAUCUCUCUGAAGACUGCUGCCACCUGCCGCCUGAGAUGUUGUACAUAUCAUAUACCCAUUUGGCUUUCCACAAGCUACUCCAGCUGCAUGGUGGAUGAACGCAGGAAAUCAUAGGUUGAAAGUGGCAAGUCCUUUUUCUUCAUCUUAUUCUUGUCACUCUUCUGGUUGGUGGCUGACCGUGAGCUAUGCUAUAGCAAGCCUUACAUGGUAUGUUUUGCCUUUUAUCUAUUUUUAUCCUGAUGAGCUUUGUCAAUGGCUCAUAGCUGCAUUUGGUGAUAUUAUUCCUUCUUGAUUACUUUCAGAUUGAGUGAUGAAAAUAUCGAAAUCUGUUUUCUGCUACAUAACUAUGCAUCCCAUCUUGUCCAGUACUAUUAAUUAUUGCCUGUGCCUUUUCUGAUUAGCACAUAUCAAUGCUGUUAACUUUAGGUUCUCCUGCAUGGUUUGAUAAAAUUUUUUUUGCUGUUAACUGAAACAUCGUAGUGCACUAAUGUUCUUGCUCUCAGAAAAUUUAUCAUUCCACCCUUUCCUCUGUUAAGCAUUAAAUUGACUUGUAUUAUAUUAUCUAUUUGUAGUUGACUGUUAAGCAUGAGAUGUGAUUUUAGAUGUAGGAGAAACAUAAAAUUUACUAGUUACUACCAUCUGUCUACGUGAUGGCCCAUGUUUGAAGUCUGUCCAGCUGCAUUCCUGUACGGCCCUAAAGCAGCUGGAAAUCACGGGGCGUGUCGGGCUGGCUGUACUGGAGGGCUUCCAGUUUCUCAGCUCCCUUCGAAGCUUGGCGAUGGAGAUGAAUCCCGAGCUGUCUUGUGCAUGGGUUGUCGAACUGCAGGAGCAAGAACAGUGCAGCAACCAAAUUCAGCUGCUUCCUCCAUCACUUGAAGAACUUUAUAUCUGGAAUCUCACAGAUAGGGUCCAGUCCCAUCUUCUGUCCUGCCUUUCUGCCAUGACCAGUCUAGCAAUACAGAGAAGUCCAGAAUUGACGUCUCUACAGCUGGGAUGCUGCACGGCAGUGAAAGAGUUGGAAAUUGGAGACUGCGACUUGCUUGCGUCGAUCGAGGGCCUCCAGUUCUGUGUAAACCUGACAUCCUUGAAAGUAUUUAACUCCCCUGGCCUAGUUUCCUGGUUGAAGCUUGUGUCGCAGCAGCAAGGGGCCUCUGAGAUCUGGUCUGGACUGGAAACUCUUGAGAUUGAUGACGCAUCUGUCAUUUCCAUGCCCUUCUGCAAACAGCUCACAUCUCUAACACACCUAGAGUUCAGUUCUCGGGGUGGUAAACAGGGAGAGAGCUUGGUGAGUUUAACAGAGGAACAAGAGAGAGCAUUACAGCUUCUAACCUCCCUGCAAGAACUUCGAUUGUGCAUGUGCCCGAAUCUCUCAUUACUUCCUGCAAACUUACAUAGCUUGACCUCCCUUGAGACAUUAUCUAUCAUGCAUUGUACGUGCAUCAGAAGUCUGCCAGACAUGGGCCUCCCACCUUCACUCAGAUACCUUCAGUUAUCCAAUUGCAGUGAGGAGUUAGGUAUGCACUGCAGAAUUGUAGCAACGGAGAAGCUAAGGGUCAUGAUUGAUUGUCAGUGUGUGAGUUAAUCACCAUUGUUUACUUCCGAGGUACACCUUCGGAGCAUUUUGCCUACAGAAUUUGUUUACAUGCUCACCCUCUUCUUGCUAAAGGUUAUUCAUCUCUCUGAAGACUGCUGCCACCUGCCGCCUGAGAUGUUGUACAUAUCAUAUACCCAUUUGGCUUUCCACAAGCUACUCCAGCUGCAUGGUGGAUGAACGCAGGAAAUCAUAGGUUGAAAGUGGCAAGUCCUUUUUCUUCAUCUUAUUCUUGUCACUCUUCUGGUUGGUGGCUGACCGUGAGCUAUGCUAUAGCAAGCCUUACAUGGUUCGUUAUUCAGUAAGGAUCGCUGGAACAAACCUCACAUGGGAUGCUUAAUGUUAUCAUGUUACAUCACGGUAUUUGGAAUCUUCGGUAAACCAGGAUUACCUGAUGAAUGAUGACUACACUUUAGUUUGCUGAUUGCCUGGCUCUACCAUUUCUGGUGUGGAUUGGAAGGUGGGCAAUGUCCAUGAAAAACCGAAGGAGACUGUAGCCACCCGAGAUGUUAUACAUAUUUCUGCGCUCCCUGUUGCCAGCACAUUUGUGCUCCCUGUCACCAGCACAUUGUGCAAGUGCCAUAUACCCAUCUGGCUUUCCACAAGCUACUCUAGUUGCAUGGUGGAUGGACCAGGGACACCAUGUUGAAAGUGGCAACACUUUCUGUCUAAUCAGGGGCAUUAUGCCCUUUCCCUCAUUCUUGCGUCUUCUAGUUGCUGGCUGGCUGUGAGCUAUGCUAUAUCAACUGGCCGUGAGCUACCAUGAGUUUCGCUGUGAAAAAAGGCUGGCAGUUGCAUAGGUUUGUUGCUGAAGUAUUGAUAUUUUUCUCAGUAAAACUACACAGCAGAUUGCUGGAACCAACCUGACAUAGGAUGCUUAAUGUUAUCAUGCUACAUCACUGCAUUUGGAAUCUGCGUUCAACCAAGACUGAUUUACUGGUUGCCUGACUCUACCAUUUCAGGUUUGUUAUUCAGUAAACCCCCCGCAGCAGAUCACUGGAACCAACCUCACAUAGAUGCUUAAUGUUAUCAUGCUACUACCUCACUGCAUUUGGAAUCUGUGGUCAACCAGAACUGCCCAUUGAUUUGCUGGUUGCCUGGCUCUACCAUUUCAGGUGUGGAUUAGCAGUUGACCAUGUCCACAAAAAACUGAGGAAGGUACAGUAAUUCAGUUGGUGACGAUCUCCAUCUCAUACGGAAUAUGGACAUCUAUAUAUGAACCUUCCGGGAACUAAACGCUCAACCCGUGCCGUCGAACGAGUCGAUAGGGGUGGAUGUCCAUGGUGGGGUCGUCACUGAAUUUGACGUUGCUGGAGAUGUUCUCGUCGAGCUCAAGGCACCUGCGUUGAGAUACUAGGCCUUGUAAGAAGCUUUGGAUAAAAAGAUGGGAAAAGAAACCACCCUGUUUCUAUAACGGGGCAACAAAUAUUUUGAAAGCUAAAAUGCUACUAUUUGUGGAACGGAAGGAGACCACACCGUAAUUAAAGAUGGAAAGUAGUCGAAUCACGACAACACUCCGUUAUA